GGCUCACGCUGUAUGAUGCGCAGGGAGAAAACUGGUGACGAGGACUUCAGCGACCGCGUGUCACUCUACACCUUUCUCUCUCUAGAGGCCGAACGUCUUGGUGCUCCCAUCAGCCCCUGCGGCGCAGCUUCCACCGCCCCCCCCCCGUCCCCUGUCCUGAAAGUCGAGUGGGGCGCAGCCAAGAUGGCGACGUACUUGACGCAUCGGCAGAAGGUGCUGCGGCUCUACAAGCGAGCCCAGCGGCACCUCGAGUCCUGGUGCAUCUUCCGGGAUAAGUAUCGAUUUUAUGCCUGUCUGCUGAGAGCACGGUUUGAUGAGCAUAAGGAUGAAAAAGAUAUGAUUAAAGCAACCAAGCUGUUGAUGGCUGCUGAAGAAGAAUUUUGGGCAAGCCAGCAUCCUCAGCCAUACAUCUUCCCUGACUCUCCAGGUGGCACAAGCUAUGAGAGAUACGAGUGCUUUAAGUCACCUGAAUGGGUCCUAGAUAUGUGGCAUCCGUCAGAGAAAGCAAUGUACCCCGAUUAUUUUGCUAAGAGAGAGCAAUGGAAGAAGCUGCGGCUGGAAAGUUGGGAUAAAGAGGUUCAGCAGCUUCAGGAAGAAACCCCAGCAGGAGGUCCCACUUCUGAACAACUGCCUCCAGCUCGUAAGGAGGGACUCUUACCUCCUCUGUGGUGGCAUUACGUAACGAAACCUCGCAAUUAUCCAUUGUAAGAGCUCCUUUCUGAAAUGCCAACAUGCUGCCAGAAAAUGGAUUGUGAGCAGAUGGUCUCCUUGCGUUACCGUACUAAUGAACACAAUAAAGUCUGAUAUAAAUGAAGCUGUAAGCCUACAUGCCCAACUAUUGCUGUAAUUAUUUAAAGCCUUCUCAGCAGUCUUACUGUGAGAAGCAAGACUUGCAGCGUCUCUUAAGGAAGUCACAGGCUACUCCAUGAUGUUAGCAAAGGGAAUGUAGUUAAUAAAAGGAAUCCAUUGUU